CGGACGCUGAGUCUCACCCACACAGCCACACAGACUCCUGACAAACUCCUAAAUGCUCGCUCCCUGGUUUACUACUGAAGAUACUUUUGUUUCUCUGUUAAAGCUCACAUUUCCUCUGUGAAGAUAUGUCUCGUUCCAGGUGCACAACAGGAAAUAGUUUUGUACAAGUUCUUCGUUCAGGAGCUUCCUCUUUCCCUGGACGCCACAUACAGGACGUUGUGGUUUUGCCCCUUCAUUGAACAAAGUGGAUUUGCAUCCAUACCAACUGCCCAGCAAUAGAAGUAAUAAUCCUCCAAGAUGGCAGUCACUUCAAUCUAUGGUAUAGAAGAGCCAGAAACUGGCUUAGCUGAGGUGGACAUAUGUAUGCUUGAGAUUAAUAUCAAGUAUGAAGUCAUCCCAUCUAUUGUCUGCUGUGUUUGCCUUUCAUUUGGCCUCAUCUACUGCUUUUUCGGAUACCGCUGCUUCAAGAUGGUCAUGUUCUUCUCUGGCUUCAUGUUUAGCUCUGCAGCUGUACUUCUCUUGUACCAUAAGGAGCCUGUUUUCGAGGCCCAACUGGGAACAGAGACAAAGGCAGGGAUCGGCCUGGGUGUGGGUGUGCUCUGUGGGCUGAUGACCAUGCUAGUGUCAACCAUGGGGCUCCUCCUCAGUGGCCUGCAGCUGGGGAGCCUGCUAUCCCUCGCCAUCCUAGUGGUUGUCGGACAGUUUCACAGCCUUACUCCAGUGUGGGUGCCGCUCAGUGCCGCACUUGCUGCCAGCAUUGUCACUACUGUUUUCACACUCCAGUGGCAGAAACAGUUCACCAUAAUCUACACAUCUGUGUUUGGAGCAGCCACUGUGAUGCUGUGUGUGGAUUACCUGGUGGGGACAUUUAUGCUGCCAGAUCAGGUGUAUGAUAUACUUUGUCAAGUUGCCCCACGUCCACUCUGCUGGUUUAACUGGGCGAUCACUGGGAUAUGGCCUGUUUUGAGUCUGAUAGGUGUGUUGGUACAAUGGAGGUUUACUGCCAAAGGAGUAUCACACACAGAAGCUGCACACCAAAAACAGAAGAAACAUGCCAAGAAGCACAAAUAUAGAGAAUCCAGGAGACGAACUCCACCACACCGUAGGCGCAGGCCUCCAUUGCUGAAACGCUAUGCUGGGGACGUCCUUGCACCGAGUUAUCUCCAGAGCCUUCAGGAGCGCCAGAUGGGAACAGGCUCCUCCACCAGCACCGUCAGCACCAUCACACAUACUCUAAUUGACUUUGACUAUGAGACGGGUUCCAUGGUGCCUCUGACUGCUGCCUCCCCCGUCUUUACAGUCUGAAAGAACACACAGCAUCAAAUAUCUGUUAUACUGAUAAUUAAACAUUCCUUAGAAAUGUUCACUUCCACGGAACCACUUCAACCAUUUCGACUGCCGCUGUGAAUCUACUGCAACCAGCUUUGUCAGAUAAUCAUCAACAUGCACACAGUGUGAUUUGACAUGCUUGGAGAACGUCCCGUUAAUGAUGACAACAACAAAACAACACAACAUACACACUGAUCAGACUCAUGAUCAACACAUCCUUUGAAAAGUUUAUCACUUCACCUUUUGCUUCACACAAUCACAAUAUUUUAUUGUCUAAAUACAAUGUACCAUAUUUAUAGAUUAGUUUGGGUUGUAAUUCUUUUCAAUAUAAAGUAUUACCGUUAUUAAUAACACAUUCAUAAUAUCCCAUGCAAAUUAAAGAUAUACAUCAGAAAAAUGAGAAAUGUUGGACAACGAGCUAAUAAACCCCUGAUUUAACAGGAAUAGAAAUCAAAUAGAACGUAUAGAAGAGAAUGUCUAAUUUCCACAAAUAAGUGAAAACACACACAUUGCAAUAGGCCUUUUUCACUGAAGAUCUUUUGACACAUCACAGCAGGAAAUGAACAGGUGUAAAUAAUACAGUUAAUGAUGGCUGAAUUCCAUUUAGCUGCUUCAGUUUAAGAGUCCUGGUAUUGUGCAUGCCGUCUUACUGGGACACACAGAGCCAUCGUUAAUGUUGUUAGUAACACCUGUGCUUUUCCUACUAUGACCUACAAAGUCAAAAUGUCUGAUGUCUGCUGAGAACAAGGGCUGGUUGAUAGAAUACUGUCUAUGCAGUUUCAGGAAUAUUACACUAUCAGCGGGUAAAAACAUCCAGUCUUACUGAAUCACAAGUAUUCCAUUGCAUGUUGUAUGAUAAUAGCUUUUUAAAUAAUAAUAUUGUAUUGCCACAAAAAGAAACAUCACAUCAUGCAAAUAUUUAUACUGUUGUUAAUUUCAUAAAUAAGCAUCCCUCA